UGCUAGUAAAUCCAGCAAAAGUUGUUUGACAAUACACCCAAAAGUUGCUCUAAAGUUGCUCAAAAGUUUAAAAGUUGCCACCCAAAUUUAAAAAAGUUUCUUACUUUUGUCACUUUGUUCUAGAUUACUACUCAAAACAUGACGUUGUAAGUGUAAUUUAACAUCAUUUGUUGUGAUCAAUAUAAUCUUUAUGCUCAACGUAACUAAUAAUAGAAAGUAUUCUCUAAUGACGUUUUGGAUAGCCUUUCACGCGAUUCCAAGUACAUGUUGUGUUUCCUUUCCCUGAGGACGAGGUCCAGUUACCGCUUCCUCGUUGUUUGUAUUUGCCUUCGUUGACUUGAAUUUUGCGUUUUUUAGAAAUUGAAGCUUUUGCGAGACUACUAAGAGUUGCCCUUGCGGCUAUGGUAACCUCAAUAGGGUCAAUAUCUGUAUUAUUUUCAUUUUCUUAGUCAGACAUUUCAGCUUCUAAUUGUGAUGCCUCGCACUGCUGCAAAUACCAAGAUGGCGGGCGGGAAGCUCUAUUGUUGAAGCAAAUAACCGCUGGAUGUAAGCGCCCGUUUGGGUCGCUGCUGUCCAGUUCGUGGGCGUAUAUGUUUUUUUUUAUAUAAAUUAUUUGUAAGAGGGUGCGACAUCCUUAGUUUUGACCAGUUUUAGUUAAAAAACCUUUUAAUAAAGACCUUUUUGAUGGUUUGGUCAGUUUUUAACUAUUUGUUGACUCAAAGGUUGCCAAGGAAGGCAAAAUUUUCUUUAGGUUGCUGACAGUUGCUCGAGGUACAAAAAGUUGCUGAAAACGCUAAAAGUUGCUCGAAAGUUGCCGCGCACAAACUAGUUCUGCCUACCAUUUCCGACAAAGUGAAAAGAACAUUGAAAGUUUUUGAAUGAAACUGACUUGUUCUAGGCUCUUGCAAUGCAGGAGAUAAGAAAAGGAGAUAAAAGUAAAGUGUGAGCACUUUAAUGACUGACUUAAACACGAGGCAAGUUCUUGUGCAACAGAAAUCCAACCUUCAAGUCACAGCUUAGACAAAAACUUGAACAAGUUGAUGUGAGUGUGCUUCGCCAUGUUUGAAUUAUCGAUUGUGUUCCAUGUAUUUUCAGUUCACUGCAUCGCUAUUUCCACCCUCGGCUACCUCCUACCUCCGUUUGGCCUGACUCUCUCAAUCAAGCCGCUCAGAUUCGUACCCAGGUCCUCUAGAACGAGCUCGACAACGUUAGACUUAUUUACCACUUUGCCGUCUUUACUAAAUUUCAUACGACCAACAAUGAUGACGGCUAUUACGUCUCUUCCCGCCAUAAAACGAAAAAAACAGUACGUACGUGUGUUUUAUAACAGGAUCAAAAGGGUUUGAAUUCACAACUUAGAUGUACUCUGUGCAAGAACUAUUGAGUUGCGAUUCCUGAUCAUUAAUCUCCAUGACAACUAAUGCCCAGAUGAAGGAAAUCCUUUUGGAUUAUUGUUAAAAUUUAGUGUCUAAAAAUAGCGAUGUAUUCCUUUGGGCUGAAAAGUUGUUUUCUUUAGGAGCAGAGCUAAAUGAAAAACUCCUGCGGUGGACUUUGUUCUGUCCUGGGUAGGGAAAUACUGAAAUUAGUUUUUGUGUGUAUAGCGAUUAGCAAUGAAUUGAUGUCGAUUGUUUUCAGUGGCGAUUUUUACAUGCGCAAUUUACAUUUCGUUUACACGCAGACGACUAUAGAGAGCAAAAUUCAAAUGAUUCGUUUUAAAUUUACCGGCUAUAUAUAGAAGACAAGUCUUCCAUUAGACUUACAAUGUCAAACCAAAGUUAUAAAUGAUUUAGAAGGCUUGAAACGCCAAUCGCAAGUGUUGUUUUUAUUUCCAAUGCAGAGGGGGUUGGAUGUUUUGAACGGAACUAUUUAAUAUAUUAUAAAGACAUAAUUCAUUAAGGGCAGGUGUACUUGACGUAGAAAGCUGCAUCUGAAUUUUAAGUUUUUGACAUUAAGAUUUUAAUUGACUUCUGGCAAACGAAGUAGACAGGUUUAUAUUCCGCGCGCGACGCACGGACUACAAGUACAGCUGCCAGCUUUCCAUGGCAACGACCUCACGGAAGGACCUGGCAUGGCUCCAAACAGGCUGGGAACGAAAUCAGGGGUGUUCUAGUCAGAUGAGACACUUUCGUAGUCCUGCGCCAUCCCAGAAAGGAGCCAGUAAAAACUCAAUUCUUCAAUGUAACAAAAUGUCAGUUAAAACCAAACAAGUGGAUGAUAAAGCAAGGCAAAUACGCCUUAAAUACGGAAAAAGUAACUUGGAAAGAGAGUUAAUUAAAAAAAAGAGUGUCGUAAUGACUCCUUUUGUCACAAAAGUUCAAAUAAGAAAGACUCGUGAGCGAAUCAAGCUGCCGAAAUCAGCGGGGAGGACCUCGGAGAAAACGGGAGUUACCAUUGAGACACCCCACAUGUCCGACGAUGAAAGCAAUGCAGAAAAUAACAGCUCGUCUAAUUUGGAAACUGUUAUAGCAAUCGGAAAAGAGAAAAGAGAACAACACGCCAUGUUGUCUGAAGAUAUUUAUUCAAUGCAAGGAAAGGAUGAUAAGCUUCAGGAUGACUACGUGCAAAACCUCAUCAAAUGUUUGACUCGAAGAUUACGGGAUCCUUUCGAGGCAUCUAGAAGCCAGAUCCCACCGACUCGACCAAUAGCAGCUUAUGCUCGACCCACAAAGGGAGAAAUAGCUUUAAGCGUAAAGGGCCCUGUGGUACUGGCACCCGUUUCAAAGGUUGUCAUGACAACGGGGGAAAGAGACAGCCUAGACAGGUCAAACCGGUUUCACACGAGAUCACUUCCCGAGUUUGCAGGCUCAAGGACUGAGAGAGCCCACACUCGCCCAAUCUCCUCUGUCAGCGACAGCGUUGUUGUUACGGGAAAGAAACUAAACAAUGUUAAUCGAGUAUGGCUUGAGUGCGAACACGCACAGAACAACACGUUUAACCCGGAUAGUCCUCUCUGUUCUUUAUGCAGAAAUGUGAGUAGCUCAAACUCGGAUACGAGCACCACGCACGAACGCGCCAAGAGUGCACUGCCUCGAGGAGCCAUACGAAAAAUUAAAAACGAUGAACGUCUUCCUCAGCUUAAUAUUGGGCAAACUCCGUCGCAAUCACACAGAAAAGACGAUGAAACUCACAGUGCGAGCCUCAAAAGAAACCAACGAGCGCGUAAUGGAAUGGUAUCUCCCUUUGAACUUCAAGUCCAUCUUAAAGAACUGACUUUUUAUGAUUACGGGUCACCAGUCCCUCCGCCUUCAAUGUCUAACUCGGACGAUGAGGAGGACAAUCCAUGAUGAUCAAAAGACUUGAACGUGCUUUCCCUUUUGUUAAUCCUUUGUAUGGCGACUUUUGUAACCGGGGUCACUUCUACAGCACUGUAACUCUCACGGGUAAAAAGCCUAGAUGUAAUCCUUUCAGAAUCAAAAAUUGUAUCUGUAAUAUGUGUUGAGAAAAUGCUGAACAACUCAUCAACUUCAAGGUGAUAUCCCGAUAUGAAACAAAAUCAAUUGGAAUGACGACAAAAAAUGCAUAGCAACUGAAAGGGAAAAAUUCAAAUCAGAUCUGAGAAUACAAGCUUUGAGUUUGAAAAAAAAAAUACAGAUAGAUCCACAGAAAUAGUCAUGAACAAAAUAUAUGAACAAAAAUUAUAAUGAAGAAAAAUUGAGACUAUAUUAGCGAAUGACGAAAUGUGUCGAUGUGUAUAAAACAGAUGAGUUAUAAUACUCCUCAUGAACUCCAGUUUUCAAGACGGUUUUUAGUAUGGCAGAACACGCUAAAAUUUAUUGGUAUUCUUAAAAUAAAACUAACGACUCCCCUGAAGUG